CACGUGAGUCAGCUGUGUGGUUCAUCAAAAGUGCACUUUGAAAGUUUGAAUUUUCACUAAUUCGGAAAUGUAUUCCACCGUGCAUGCUGUCUUUGUAGUUGACCUGAGCAAGUUAGUUAGUCUGUGUUCCAGUGUGAACGAGAGUGAACACAUAGCCAAAAUAAAGUUGUUGUGCUUGAAGUUGUUGCAGAAUUUUAGUACGAAAACCAAACGGGCACAUGAAGAUGUUCAAUGGUCAUGGAAAUUUUACGAUUCUCACACCUCUAGACUGGACACCAGCAGGAGACAUUUUUUGGACUUCGAAAUGAAUGCUUUUCGUAAAUUUGAAGCCCAGCUAACUGACAAAUAUCGCAAGGCUUCCGACAACAAACUUGUCCUAGAGGAACGUGAACGGUCCAUGUAUGAAUUGCCACACAGCUUUCUUCUGAAGCAAGCUCUGCUAGAGGUGUUGUUGGACUACACCUGGGAUAGCCCGGACAUCAGUUCACCUGUUAAAAUAACCACAAGAAGUGAUGGCAGCGUGGAGCGAGCACCGCUUGCUGCCAGCGGUGGGACGUAUAAUAUGGUGGUGGUGAUAACCAAUGUGCCAAGGAGUUCUGAGGCGUCCUGCGAAGCAUCUCCAGAAGUCUUUUUGGCCAACGUGCUUGACGACGUCAAGAUCAAAGCCUUCCGAAAGAAAAACAUAUCAAUCAGCCUUAUAGACAUGUUGGAGCCUGUCAUCUGCCCGUUGCCUUUCAGACGUAGAACAAAACUUGCUAAGCUGGGUGGCAGCCUGCAUAGCAUAACAGAUUUCAUCCAGACACAACCCAAGUGUGUGACCAAAACAUCCUCUGCUGGCAUACCAGAGUGUGGCCAGAAAGGUGUUGCAGUUUUCAGCAAACAGAUGCAGCUGCCAUGGCUGACUUCCCAAAUCAAUCAAGCCAGGAAACCUCUGCCCGGCCCAACCCUGCUGUGGGAUGAUGUUGAUAGAAUAUUACACCUGAGCACCCAGCUUCAGGUGUUCGCUGUGCAUGGCAGUUGUUCCCGAGCAUGGGGCAGUGCAGCAGUGGUGGGAGUUGUUCAAACCAAUCAAGUGAGUCUGUUGGCACUAGCCCAGGAGACAUGCAGUCUAUACAUCUGUGUGAAUGCUGAUGAGAUCCUCAGGAGCAUUAUAACAGUCCUUGGCAUACACCAACUUUCUCUGGUGUUGAAACUUAGUGGUGGUGGCCUGGCAUUUUUUAGUCCAUCAGAAGAGAUGACAGGGUGUCUGGCCCUUGUGUCUACAUCAGGUUUAGCUGCUUUGGCCCCUGACAUGCCUGACUGCCCUCCCAGCACUCUUCAGUUAGUGUCAGCAGCUAUAAGAGAAUGUCUUAAGAAUGUUGCUCCACAUGUUGAACAAGAAUCAGUCUCCAGCAGCCGGUGGUUCUCAGGCAGCAUGGUCCAGAGGUGGUUUAGGCCACUCCCUCAUGCAGCUCUCUCUGCCCUGCGUGUUAGGAACAAGCUGACACCACAUAAGAGAGCAUUGUUGGAGAGACUAAAGAAGAGAUAUCACUCUCAGAUUUCCCUGCUAGGGGCCACAAAGCAGACAGAUCUACUUAACCUUAUGGACAUCUUUCAGCCCCGAGGAGCAUCUCAACCAUCCCAAGCUACUUUGACAAGACCCACUAUGACUCAGCAACUAUUCAGGAAGAGCCUCAUAGUCACUGCACAACAAAGAGUGAAAGAGCAACUUGUUGAGGAAGAGAGGAGAGCAGCCAAGGCCCGUGAACAUGCCCCGGAAGUGCAGGUCCUGAGAAUUGUUUCUGAUCCACAGAAUGAAAAAGAACUGGUUCAGUUACUGACAAAUCUGCAGGAAACAAUCAGGGUGGAAGCUGAUAUCUUCACCACUGCUCAGACCAUUAUCAACUUAACAUGUGUUCAUGUCAGGAACACCACUGUCACUACCAGUCCUGCUGUUGAAACCAUGCAGGAGGUAUUUUACCGAGUGAUGAUGAGUGGGGUGUUGCUGUCAGCUGCUGAUAUCUUCAACCAUCCACAGCAAGAGACACAUGUUCAUCAGUACAAAUUGCAUGUGCUGCUACAUCUGGAACUCUUGUUUGUGCUAGGAUACUCCGUGUGCAGCAAGCAGAGUGAAGGGAGAGAAGAGAAGAAAGAAGAGGAAGGAGAUAAAAGGAAGGAGCAUCAUGUGGAAGAAGUGAUUAAGCUGCUCUAUCCCUCCACCAUGGUCAUUCUAUCAUGGUAAAAUUUCUUGAGGAAACUGUUUUGGAAAACUACUUGGAAAUACUUAGAGACAUACUACUUGAAGUGUAUGAGGAACUCAGCCAGACACUGCCCCCUCCACUGCAAGAUAUAGGAGAUGAUGAACUGCUGUCCAUUCAAAGCAAUUGGGUACCUUCAUCUGUCAAA